AUGUACUGUACAGAUCUAUCUACACAAGCCAUGCAUUCCAUUGAUGGAGGUGGAGGCCAAAAAUGUGCGUCGAUAGGACCAAAGCUGGUGAACAACAGCCCCCCAACCAGCAGCAGCCAUUUACUAACAACUGCAGAGGCAGCAGCGGCUCGGCACUUGCUCCUUUUCCUUCACCUUCCUCAUUUUUUUAACUCCUACACCUCCUACUUUUUUACGGCAGGAACUUGCUGCAAGAAGAGAGGCAAAGUGUUAUGCUGUCGAAUUCCAUCUUCGCAUUCCUCAGUCCGUUGCAAUCCGCUGCAGAAAAAAAGAUCCAAAAUGGCGCUCAAAUCGGCUGUCCAUGAAAAGAUUAUGAAUGAUGUGGUGUUAGCUGUGAAGAAAAAUGCUGAAUGGAAAGUACUUAUUGUGGAUCAACUCAGUAUGCGAAUGGUAUCAGCAUGCUGCAAAAUGCAUGAAAUUAUGUCGGAAGGAAUUACAUUGGUAGAAGAUAUCAACAGAAGAAGGGAGCCAUUACCUUUGCUUGAAGCAGUUUAUCUGAUCACCCCAACUAAGGAGUCUGUCAAGUGUUUAAUGGCUGAUUUCCAAAACCCUAUCAAUCCUCAGUACCGGGGUGCACAUAUAUUCUUUACUGAAGCAUGUCCCGAAGAAUUAUUCAAAGAAUUGUGUAAAUCUCCGACGGCUCGAUUUAUCAAGACUUUGAAAGAAAUAAACAUAGCUUUUCUUCCAUAUGAAUCCCAGAUAUUUUCAUUGGAUUCACCUGAUACAUUCCAAGUAUAUUAUAAUCCCUCUCGUGCACAAGGAGGAAUACCAAAUAAAGAGAGAUGUGCUGAACAAAUUGCUACUUUGUGUGCAACUCUUGGAGAAUAUCCUUCUGUACGAUAUCGAUUGGAUUUUGAUGAGAAUGCAAGCUUUGCUCAGUUGGUACAACAAAAACUAGAUGCCUACCGAGCUGAUGAUCCUACAAUGGGAGAGGGUCCACAGAAGGAUCGAUCCCAACUACUGAUUCUUGACCGAGGUUUUGAUCCCAUCUCUCCUCUUCUUCAUGAGUUAACAUUCCAAGCUAUGGCAUAUGAUCUUCUCCCUAUUGAAAAUGAUGUUUACAAAUAUGUGAAUACUGGUGGCAAUGAGGUACCAGAGAAAGAGGUACUUUUGGAUGAGAAAGAUGAUUUAUGGGUUGAAAUGAGACACCAACAUAUCGCUGUUGUUUCUCAAAAUGUCACCAAGAAACUGAAGCAGUUUGCUGAAGCAAAGAGAAUGGGCACUGCAGAUAAGGCUGGAAUUAAAGACUUGUCACAGAUGUUGAAGAAAAUGCCACAAUACCAAAAAGAACUUUCCAAAUAUUCUACACAUCUCCAUUUAGCUGAAGAUUGCAUGAGACAAUAUCAACAACAUGUCGACAAACUCUGCAAAGUUGAACAGGAUCUGGCAAUGGGUACUGAUGCUGAUGGUGAAAAAAUCAGAGACCACAUGAGAAACAUUGUACCAAUUUUGUUGGAUCAGAAGAUUUCAGCCUAUGAUAAAAUAAGGAUCAUUCUACUGUACAUUAUCCACAAAGGAGGCAUUUCUGAAGAGAACUUAGCCAAAUUGGUCCAACAUGCUCAUAUUCCAGCAGAAGAAAAAUGGAUUAUCAACGAUAUGCAAAAUUUGGGUGUUCCUAUCAUCCAAGAUGGGGGACGACGUAAGAUUGCUCAACCUUACCAUACCCACAAUCGCAAAGAGAGAGAAGCUGACCAUACUUACCAAAUGUCCAGAUGGACUCCAUAUAUCAAAGAUAUUAUGGAGUCUGCUGUUGAAGACAAACUGGACAUGAGACAGUUUCCAUUCUUAAAUGGUGGAGGACCACGACCCAGUUGCCAACAACCAAUCAGUGUUCGUUAUGGCCACUGGCACAAAGACAAGGGUCAAGCAAGCUACAAAAGUGGACCCCGUCUGAUCAUCUUUGUUGUUGGUGGCAUCUCUUAUUCAGAGAUGCGAAGUGGCUAUGAGGUCACACAGACUGCCAAGAACAAUUGGGAGGUUAUUCUUGGUUCUACUCACAUUUUAACUCCUGAAGGUCUUCUGCGAGACCUACGAAAGAUCAGCAACCCCUAA